CACUACAAGCUCAAUCUUUCCUGCUUUGUGAGCUCCAGAGAGCAAUAAUGCCCAUUUAAAAUUAAAAGCUGUCAGCUUUUGCGGCUUGCUAGGUGUUAGCCAUUUUCCAAGGAUCUUCGUACGCUAUCCAUAAUGCCAGAUGGGGAUUCUCUAUAGAAAGAGCUAGCUGCUCUGGAUUGCCCACUCAAAAAAAUUGCAUAUUCAAAACUGGCGAUUUGACAAGGGAAAUGCCUAAGAUAAACUAAAUGAUGAAAAACAUAUAUGGGCCAGAAGAUUUUUAAGAUUAGAUUUCAUGUCACUAUCAAUAAUCAACUUGCAAAUUGAAGAUUUGCCGAGAUUAGAUUCUCAUCAGUCCUAAUCAAAGCUCUAUGCCGUAUGCUAUAAAUAAGUUCUCUGACCUUUCUGCAUUAUGCGUCCCUUCACUUUGUUCUGUUAUUCAAACAGCCCAGUGCGUAGUUUUUGAACAAUUUUUGUGUAAGAAUGGAUGGUUAUCAAGAAGCUGAGUGGGAGAAAGCGCAGGCAAUUGGCAUCAGCUGCGACCUGGUGGCUGCAGCAAAAUAUCACCUUGAGUUUCUUGCUUUGGUGGGUCAAUACCCAUGCCUCUACCGGGGUCCUGCUGUGCAAAGAGCUAUUUACAGGUAUGAACAUUGCUGGCUCCCAUUACUUGCAAACUCUGAGGCAAAGGAAGACUUGCUUCCUCCUCUCGACUGCGAAUGGGUGUGGCACUGCCACAGGCUCAAUCCACUACAAUAUGCAAGUUACUGCCACGAAUUCUAUGGAAGGCUUCUUCCUGCUACAACUAGGCUGCCUUGUGAGAAAGAUUCUGCCAUGAAUGCAGCAGCAAAGCUGUGGGAAAAAGCCUUUCCCGAUGAGCCAAUUUCAUUGGACUUGGACGCUUUCUCCUGCACAAAGGAUAACAGAAGCAGCAUACAUCAGCACUACUUGACAGAAGCUAUUACCAAGCAACGAUCCUUUUUCCAGCAGGUUUCCUCGCCCUACAUGUCAGACGAGCGCUUUCUAAGAGUAGCAGAACAACGCUACAGAGCAUUUCUCCAUCUCAUUAAGAAAUCAAAGUCUUCUCAUGUGCCCACCCAUGACAUAGAGCUCAUCUGGCGUUCUCACCAGCUGAACCCACAGAUUUAUGCCAACGACACAGUUGAGCUGCUUGGAGAAGUGCUGCAGCACUACAACAUCACCAGCACUGCAACGACUGGAGCGAGAUUCCCUGAGACCACAAAGCAAUGGGAGAAUACUUUUGGCAGGCGAUACAUGAGAGCAGGGCCCAUGCAAUUGCAUACAACCCAACAAUCUCCUAGUGCACAAGAAAGCAUGGAGAUCAGGCUGGAAAUUGUGAGGGCAAGGCACCUCAGAAAGGAGAAAGGCACCCUGUUUGUUAGAUAUUACAUACAAACCGCAAGCGGUGUAAUAACAAAGAAUAGCAAGGAAGUGCCAGCAGCCUCAAAUCCAGAAUGGGGAGAGGCUUUCUCUCUGGAGUGCAAAGGAAAUGGGAGCCUUGUUUCAGAGUUGCAGUCACAGUUUCUAGGGUUUGAAGUAAGGUGGAGGAGCCAAAGCCUGUGGGGAAACAUGAGAGGAGGCUCCAAGCUCCUUGCAAGCGUCAAAAUAGCAUGGAAAGACUUGUUAGAGUCCUCUUGCUUAUCUCUGGAGAAAUGGUUUCCUCUGUCGGUUGAAGGGGAAGUGAAAGGUGAGUGGAAGCCACCCAGUAUGCAUAUUGCCCUCUCUGCAACGCCUCCAACUUCAGUGCCAUCUGUGGAAAAAACCAUUUUGCCAGCUGCAGGGAGAGAUUCAGGGCCUCAUUCCAUGAAGAGCUUUUCUUCCUCUGAAAAUGUAGAGAGGCGAAGGAGACGUUUGGAAAGAGAUGAGUGCAGUUGCAGAGGGCAAAUAUGUAAUGCCCACAGUUUCGAAGGCAUGUUUCCUAGUGCAACGUCGUUCAGGGAUGCAGCGUGGGGGGUUUGAUCUUACAAACCCUUUUCACUCUGAUUUUGAGUAUUCAAACAUAUGACAACUAUGUUGAAGCUCAUGUGACCAGCAGAAGGAUGCAUGAAUACAGAGCCAAGAACCAGAAGAUGCAUGCUACCUAAAAGGCCCGCUGCCACUAUGUUAACCAAUUCAAAAUUGGAAACAAAUUUUCAGGGUCAUGAGAUUUGACUGAAGCUAUACUAUUUUACAGAGUGGGAAAGAGGCUUGAUGGAAGAGGCUUGAUGGAAUUGACAAAAUACAAUUACAGGAUUGAAAUAAAUAUUCCUUGUAAAACAGGAUUAGAAAGAGAAAAGUGCUCUUCUAUUUUGGCCUUAUUGUAAAUAUACAUUAUAAAGCUCAACUGAACUUUUUUUACAGUAUAAACUUACACAAAUUUUAAAUCGUAUCA